UCCCUCCCUCACCAUGACAACAGCGGAUUUUUAGCAUCGUCAGGAAACAAGCGUUUCCUCCGCCACUGUAGAUGUGGAGGCGCUUCCCUAAAGUCGUGUUUGAAAUUUCCCCAUCUGGCAUAUUUUUCAUGUUGGAAGGUCCCUGGAGCUGAUAGAGGCCCUCAUGAGAGGGAGGCCAGCCGGAGGCAGACGCUGUUUUACUGACUGAACAACAACAUGGCUCUGCUUCAGCAUCCCCAGCUGCUGCUUCCCUGCGUUUUUCUCCUGUUCUUUACUAACCGCAUCCACGCCCGGUCCUCUCAGAUAUCAGACCUGAAAUCUAAAAUAUCCGGAGUGGAGGAGCUCUUGGAGGAAUUCCGAAAGCAGCUCCAGCAGGACCAGGCGUACAGGGCAGCCGACGUGAGCGACUCCUGCGUGGGCGACUUCGGCGCCGCGGAGGAGCGCAUCAUCCGGACGAAGGCCUCCAUCGAGCAGGGAGCCACCUUCCUGUUGGCUCCGGAUAGGGUGUACACCUGGAGGGAUUGUCUACACGCCUGCUGCUCGCAGCCUCACUGCACGGUGGCGGUGGUUCAGAAGGACCUGAGGCGACCCGGGGACAGCCUCAGUUGCUACCUGUUUAACUGCACCUACAGGAAUAAAAACAUCUGCUCCUUCGCACCGCAGGAAGGCUUCACCACCUACAGUCGGACUCCAAACGCCACGCAGACGCAGGGACAGCUGGCUGCUUCAUACAGCUCAGCCACCGGGAGGCCCAGGCAAGCUGAGGAGGAUGUGACACAAGAAAUGGACGAGCCUCCUCGCAGUGAUGCCGGACAGGACGUGGUGAUCCAGCUACCCACCGACUGGGCCGUCCUGGACGGCAGGGACAGUGUGGACGACCACAGGAUCACCCACUAUGAGUGGACUCUUGUUAAAGGGGAUACAGCCAUCAAUAUGAAGGCGACCCAUCCAGGGCUGCUGAAGGUCAGUGGUCUCCAGGAGGGGGUCUACACGUUCCAGAUGACCGUUACCGACACAUCGGGACAGAAGAGCUCAGACAACGUCUCUGUCACUGUGCUGGCACCAAAACAUCAGGCAGACGUCUGCACUGGUGACUGCUCCAACUACCAGUUUAAGUGUGAUGAUGGCUGCUGCAUUGACAUCUCCUACGCCUGUGAUGGGAGGCAACACUGUCCGGACCGCUCUGAUGAGGACUUUUGCACAAAUUUUGAUGGUGGCCGGAAGUCAGUGACCCACCCUGUGGAUCCUCCCAGCCCUCAGAGGCCCGUAGCACGGACAGAGCAGGGCGAGGAUGCCUCCAUGCUUCCAGAUGGAUCCAGGAAAACCGUCAUAUCAGCAGUUGACAGGAGUAAGGUUGUUCCUCCACAAAGCCUGAGUGAGCAGGGGGUUGCUGAUAAUCAAGAUCCGUGUGCUGCAGCCCCGGUCGUUGGCCCUUGUAAAGGCACCUUUCCUCGGUGGUACUACGACCAAAAGGCGGGAGAAUGCAAACACUUUCUGUACGGGGGUUGCCAGGGUAACCAUAACAACUUCCUCCAGGAGUCUGACUGUGUCAGCGAAUGUUUACAGAAAGGCGCAGGCUUCAGGCCAACAAGUGUAGCGCCUCCCGUCACCAAGCAGGCUGAGAUAGUCUCCCAAAGCCAAGCAGAUAGUGACACAAUCUCCAAAUCCUUUCCAGUUAAAGGAGGACACCCAGGCCCAGAAUCAGGUGCAAUUCUUCCUCUGGCGCUUGGCAUCCUCAUCACCGCUCUGCUGCUGCUCAUGAUCGGCUGUCGCCUUAGACUCGUUCGUCAGAAGCUAAAGAAAGCACGACCCCUCACCACAGAGGAGUCUGAUUACCUCAUCAACGGCAUGUAUCUGUAGCAUAAGAAGCUGGGCAGAGAUGUGGGAGUUGGCACUUUGUCUUACUUCACAUCUAUGUGCUCUGCUGCCCUGAAAGCAACACCCACACACUGAUCCCAUCUGACUGAUACUGCAUUGCUGCUCCCCUCAGAAUCAUUCAAACAUUUUCAAGUGCUUCAAUAAUUGUAUUUGUGUUGUCUUGAGAAAACCUAAUUAUGAAUCAAUAAAGAUUUAUUGUUUGUCCUUGUAUAUAUACAGAUUGUGUAAAAUCCCCACGAUUACACAAGACAACCAGCUUUCUGUCAUAUCAGACAUUGUUGAGCGCUUCUUCCAAGUCUUGCACAAAAGACUGGGUGUCACUAAUUUGCCAUAUUUGUGCUGCAGCUUCAACCACAGUAACACAAGUAUUGGAUUGCCUGGUAACCAUAGUUAUCAUCAGUAAAUCCUGUGUGAGUCUGAAUCAUAAGGUCCAUACCAUGUUCUGUGAAUUAUUUUAUCUUCCCAUCUUUACAGCAUGUUUUUCUUGACUGUGCAUCUAGUUAUAAACCAUUAACAACGUCUUUUAUUGGAUUUAUUGUUUAAAAAAAUUAAAAGUACCAUAUUGGAAGGACAUUUACAA